AUGCCGUCGAUGUGGUCGGCUUGGAAAUCCAAGCUCAAGAGACGGAGCUGCCAAACAUCUCCGCCCCAGCCUGCCUUGACUACUUCAGAGACUCCUUCCCCGUCCGCCUCUCCCGGUCCCGAAAUAUCACCGCAGAGCCUACAAGAACGACUUUGGAACCAAGCGUACGAUGAGCUCAAAGCGAACGAGUCUAAAACUGUCCAGGCGUACGAGAAGAUUCUCACGUGUGAGCUCAAAGGGGGCGAUCCAACUUCCAUGGGUUUCGCGACUCAGGGAAAUGAGAUUGAACAGACCCAGAAGGGCAGAUGGGGCCAAAUGGAGCAGGUUGUCCGGGCCGGCUUAGAGAGGACUGCGAAAGAAGCAGACAUCAAGCAAGGGAUCCAGGAUGGAAUGCAAGCCGUAUACGCCGUAAAGGGAAUAGUAGACAAGGCUGUGCAGGCCUCUCCCGAAGCUGCCAUUGCCUGGGUCGGCGUCUGCUUUGCUCUAGAGAUACUCUCGAAUCCGAUCACCGAGGCAGGUAUCAACCGUGAGGGAAUUGCCUACGUCGUGUCGAGAAUGGAUUGGUACUGGAGCCUGACGGGCCUCCUUCUCGAUGAGAACAGGGCCGAGACGCCCUCUGCGGGGCUGCGAGACCAGCUUGAGACGCACGUCGCCCAGCUCUACCAGAAACUCCUCUUGUACCAGAUGAAGAGCGUCUGCCUAUACUACCGAAACAGGGGCGCUGUCUUCCUGAGGGACAUGUUGAAGCUUGACGACUGGGAUGGCACCCUCGAUGAGAUCCGAAAGGCCGAGGACGCGGUUCGGAGGGACUCUGAACAGUACAGCACCGAACAGAUCAGAUCGCACCUGCAGGCCAUCGCCAUCGCCGCAGGUUCCCAGGAGAUGAAGCUUCAAGCUAUCUAUUUGGCCAUCCAGGACGAAACAAAACGACAAUGUCUGAAGGAUUUACGGGUAACCGACGCUCGAGACGAUAAGGCUCGCAUCGUGAGCACGAAAGGCGGCCUGCUGGAAGACUCGUAUCGCUGGAUUCUUGACGACUCCGACUUCAUAAGAUGGCGCGACGGCCCGCAGAAACGGCUAUUCUGGAUUAAGGGCGACCCGGGCAAGGGGAAGACUAUGCUGAUUUGCGGCAUUAUCGACCACCUGAACAGUAAACCCACCAGAGCUGGCCAACCCGCCUAUUUCUUCUGCCAGGGCACCGACGCGCGCCUCAAUAAUGCGGCGGCCGUGCUACGCAGCCUCAUAUAUUUCCUCAUUAUCCAGAAUCCACCUCUCAUCUCGUACGUCCAAGAACAGUACAACCAUGCUGGUAAACUACUGUUUGAGGACGCGAAUGCCUGGGUUGCCCUGUCCCGAAUCCUUACAAAGAUGCUGGACGACCCGAUGUUGAAAGGCAAGAUACUGAUCGUCGAUGCGCUGGAUGAAUGCGUGACGGACCUAGAAAAGCUGAUCAACUUCAUUUACGAAUCGUCUUCAUCUUGUGCGAAGUGGAUUGUGUCGAGCCGGAAUUUGCCGACCAUCGAGGAGACGCUGGAUCGUGCCACGGAGAAAGUCAAGCUGUGCCUCGAGCUGAAAGCUGACUCCAUCUCCGCUGCUGUUCAAACGUUCAUUCAAUACAAGGUGGAUCAACUGGCGCAGCUGAAAGAAUACGACAACGAAACAGGGGAUGAGGUCCGGAGUCACUUGCUCACCCACGCCAACGAUACCUUCCUCUGGGUGGCAUUGGUGUGCCAAGAACUCGAGAAGGCAGAUGCCUGGAACGUAUCCGACAUUCUCAAGGAUCUACCGGGUGGUUUGGAAGAAAUAUAUGACCGGAUGAUGCGAAACAUUGGACUCCUUCAGUGGCGGGAUCCUGAAUUUUGUCAACGUAUCCUUUCGACGGUCUCUAUAGCGUACCGCCCACUUCACCUAGAGGAAUUAGGUGCCCUGUCAGGACUGCCGCCGAAUAUCACGAAGAUAAAGGGGUCCACCGCGAAGAUCGCCAGUAUGUGCGGUUCCUUUCUCACAAUCAGGGAUGGCAUUGUCUACUUUGUGCAUCAUUCGGCGAAGGAAUUCCUCCUCAAUAAGGCAUCAGACAAAUUCCUACAGUCUGGUAUCGCGCAUGAACAUCACGCCAUAUUCUUGAGGUCGAUAGAGAUCUUGAAGAAAACACUCUGGCGAGACGUUUACGGCCUGCGUGUCCCCGGAUUCCCCAUCGAAUGCGUCUCCCCGCCUGACCCGGACCCGCUUGCCGCGUCACGGUACUCCUGUAUCUAUUGGGCUGACCACCUCUGUGACUCCAAUCCCACGAACAGGAACAGCCAAGACGAAGAACUACGGGACGGAGGCACUGUCCAUAGCUUCUUCAAAAACAAGUAUCUCUAUUGGCUGGAGGCUCUUAGUCUGUUGCGCGGCAUGUCGGAGGGAGUCGUAGCAAUCCAGAAGCUGAAGACAUUACUGGGUGAAAGUACACAACUAGCGGACCUACUCGAAGACGCUCACCGGUUCGUUCUAUCUCAUAAAAGGGCGAUAGAGAUUGCCCCGCUGCAAGUUUACGCCUCGGCGCUCCUAUUUAGUCCAACUGGUAGCGUUAUACGACGGCUGUUUGGAAAAGAAGAACCGAAUUGGAUUUUAUUGAAACCUAUCAUGGCAACGCAUUGGAGCGCCUGCCUGGCGACGCUCGAGGGCCACCGCCUCAGCACCUACUCGGUCGCUUUUACGGCGGACGGCCAACGACUCGCGUCGGCCGGGGGGGACUGCACUAUUAAGAUCUGGGAUCCAGCAACAGGCGCGUGCCUACAGACGCUUAGGGGCCACGGCGACGCCGUCCGCUCGGUCGCUUUUACGGCAGAUGGUAAACGACUAGCGUCGGCGGGGGUCGACCACACUAUUAAGAUCUGGGAUCCAGCAACAGGCGCGUGCGUGCAGACACUUAAGGAUAACAGCCACGGUACCGAUUCGGUCGCCUUUACGGCGGAUGGCCAACGGCUCGCGUCGGGGUCCUUCGACGGCACCGUUAAGGUCUGGGAUCCAGCAACAGGCGCGUGCCUGCAGACGCUUAGGGGUCACGACGGCGCCGUCUGCUCGGUCGCUUUUACGGCAGAUGGUAAACGACUCGCGUCGGCAUCGAACGACGGCACCGUUAAGAUCUGGCAUCCGGCAUCGGGCGUAUGCCUGGAAACGCUUGAGGGCCUGCGCCGCGGCUCGGUCGCUUUUACGGCAGAUGGUCAACGACUCGCAUCGGCGUCGCGCUACUGCACCGUUAAGAUCUGGGAUCCAGCAACAGGCGCGUGCCUACAGACGCUUAGGGGCCACGGCGACGCCGUCUGCUCGGUCGCUUUUACGGCAGAUGGUAAACGACUCGCGUCUGCAUCGGACGACGGCACCAUUAAGGUCUGGAAUCCGGUAACGGGUGCGUGCCUGCAGACGCUUAAGGAUAACAGCGGCGGUACCUAUUCGGUCGCCUUUACGGCAGAUGGCCAACGGCUCGCGUCGGGGUCCUUCGACGGCACCGUUAAGGUCUGGGAUCCGGCAACAGGCGCGUGCCUGGAGUCGCCGGAGGCCCACAGCAACGCCGUCCACACGAUGGCCUGCGCGGCGGACGGUCAACGGCUCGCGUCGGGAUCGGACGACGGCACCGUUAAGAUCUGGGAUUCAGCAACGGGCGCGUGCCUACAUACAUUAAGGGGCGACGGCGACUAUAGGGACUACGUCCACACCGUCGCCUUUACGGCAGAUAGCCAGCGGCUCGUAUCGGCGUGGCGCUUCGGCACCGUCAAGAUCUGGGAUCCGAUAACGGGCGAGUGUCUACAAACGUGGAAGAACCGAGGUGUCGACGACGUCGUCAAACUUCGCUAUGAAUCGGCAAAAUACUCGCACCUUUUUGUGAAUGUUCCUUCUACUGGCAUUCAGCCGUUGCAAGCUCCUUUCCCAGGGCCUAAGUACGAUGGCUAUAGUUUACACCCUAAUAAGCCGUGGAUCAUGAAAGAUAGGGACCGAGUCCUCUGGCUACCUCCAGAGUACCGGCCGGAGACGGGGGCGUUGGCCGUAUUUGGAAGGACUAUCGGCAUUGGCUGUGUCUCAGGGCGAGUGCUGAUCAUGCGGUUCUCUACAAGGGGGCUGGAUAUGUAG